AUGACCCUCGAGAACCCCGAAAGCCCUGCCUCGUACCUGGCAAGGAACCCCCAAGCAUCUGAAUCUCCUGUGCCGAUCAGUGUUUCAAAUUUUCGUGGGCAACGGCGCCUCUUCCUGACGGAUAGUACCGAGCCCGCACGGCCCUCUUUGACAGCUGGCAACGUCAUUCUCCAUACCCAGAACAUCUUUACUAUUUCAGGCAACUUCAUCACGACGGGAUUGGUCUUUGCUAGGAAUGUGCGCAACAGGUGGACCAGCCCCAAAGCCGUGAUUCUGAAUUAG